AUGUUGGAUGUUAUUCAGUAUAAUAAAGUAUCAUCUUUGCAAACACGCUGGAUAUCCCAAGCUUGUGCCAAGCAACGAAUGGGUAGAGCUGGACGAACUCAGCCGGGAAUGUGUUUCAGGUUAUAUUCGAAACAGAGAUACGAGAACAUGGAUGAGGAAAAAAUCCCUGAAAUUCUUCGAGUUUCUCUUGAAGAAUUAUGCUUACAUACAAAAGUUUUAGCCCCUGAGGGAAUGAAUAUUCAUAAUUUCCUGAUGAUGGCCCCUGAUCCACCUUCUGCUAAUUCGAUCAAGGUGGCGAUAGAGAAUCUACAGUUUCUUGGCGCACUUAACAAAGAGGAGGAUCUGACAAUACUUGGUGGAUAUUUGGCCAAAUUAACAAUAGAACCUCAUCUGGGAAAAAUGUUGAUUUAUUCUGUAAUAUUCAGAUGCAUCGAACCUAUUUUAACUUUAACUGCAUCCAUGACACAUAAAGAUCCCUUUCAAUUACCAGCACAAGCAAAUUUAAGAAGUAAUGCUACUGAGAGAAGGCGUGAACUUACAGAUGGUGUAAUGAGUGAUCAUUUACUGUAUUUGUCAGUGUUCCGAAUGUGGCAUCUAUAA